AGAACUACUGUGAGCGGUCUAAACUUCGACCCUUAUUUCUUUCUUCAUAUUGUAAGGGGGAGCAAAGCCCGUUUUUUGCUCCCUCUAUUGAUAGAUCAAGGGUCCUCUUGCCGUCGUUUCAGUGACUCAUAGGGCUUCCCUCAGCUCAGUCUUUUUGGUUCUUGAGAAUGGUCGCCACUUCUCCCAGGACCGGAAUGAUUAUCCCUGCCCGAUGGGUCUACAUCCAUCCCUGAAUGUCGUCGGGUACUGUUAACUUCCCCGCCAUUCUUGUAACUGUCACCUGUAAUCCGCGCAGGUGUGUCCGCACCCCCCUGACUGGACGAGAAAGAAAGGAUUUAUCGGAGCAACCCCCCAGGUUCCAGACCAAGGAGUAAACUUUCCCGUAUGAGCAUUCGAUAGGUCGUCUGAGGGUUCGCCGCGGUUCAUUGCUGUGCUUACACACUAGGCUACCCUUUUCCGAAAGCUCCGCAGGACCACCUACCACUAGUCUUCGGCCGGAGGGGUUUAUUGCACAAACGCCGGGACACAGGACCCGGAAAAGGGAAGCCCAACGAAUUUCAGAUGCAAAGCCCCGCACCUCAUUAAGAUCAUAUUGGCAUACUCCCCCAAAAAAAAAAGAGCAGACCCCAUUGAAGACGAGAGUGAGGUACAACAAGGCCAUUUCUGUCCCCCGCCCUUCUCACGGAGCCGUACGUGGACGUUACCGCUCAUACAGCUCCCAGCCAGCAAAGUUAGCCUUCCCUCUUCAAGGAAUGGAAGUGUGGAGGAAUCGACAUCAAAAUAGAGGAAUUUUUACAUUAUCCCAUUUCCACGUGAAAGCAGAUAAGAAGUCUCGUCUUCAUCCUAUUGUGAUGUCAUCUCUAUGAAACCUGCUAUUCCUAUCAUGCUAUUGCUUCUGUCUUCCAACCAUCUAAGACCGGAUUCAAUAGCAGCUCCUUCUCUCUUGUUUUCAUCUCCGAUCGGAGCAGGUAUAAGAGUAUAAGAAUAGGACAU